CACACCAGGCCACAACAAUGGCCGCCGCCAAUGUCCCAGUCCCUGGAGAGGUCUCACCUCUCACUGAGAUGCACUCAGGGCCUAUUAGAUUUCAAGUUGGAGAUUUUUCAGGUCAUAAUAUGAAAAUGCUGCUGAUUUUGUUCCUCAUAAUAAUGUGUCCCCAUGUUUCUGUGAACCAAGAUUCUGGCCCUCAGUUCGCAGAUGUGGUGUUUCUGGUGGACAGCUCUGAUCACCUGGGAACUAAGUCCUUCCCUUUUGUGAAGAUGUUCAUCACCAAAGUGAUCAGCAGUCUCCCCAUAGAGGCCGACAAAUACCGCGUGGCCCUGGCCCAGUACAGUGACAAGUUCCACAGUGAAUUCCAGCUGAGCACCUUCAAGAGCAGGAACCCCAUGCUGAACCACCUCAGGAAGAACUUUAGCUUCACUGGCGGCUCCCUGCGGAUAGGAAACGCCCUCCAGGAGGCUCACAGAACCUAUUUCUCUGGACCCCCAAACAGGAGAGACAAGAAAGAGUUUCCUCCAAUUUUGGUGGUCCUGGCUUCAGCUGAGUCCGAGGAUGACGUGGAAGAGGCUUCCAAGGCCCUGAGGAAAGACGGGGUGAGAAUCAUCUCCGUGGGGAUGCAGAGAGCUUCUGAGGAGGACCUGAAGGCCAUGGCCACAGCUCCGUUUCAUUUCAACCUUCGGACGGUCAGAGACCUCAGCACGUUUUCCCAAAACAUGACGCAGAUCAUCAAGGAUGCGACUCAGUACAAGGACGGAGCAGUCAAUGAUAUUCUUGUAGAAGUUUGCCAAGGGCCUUCAGUGGCAGAUGUUGUGUUUCUGUUGGACGUGUCGAUCAAUGGCAGCCAGGAGAACUUUGACUAUCUUAAGGAGUUCCUAGAAGAAAGUGUAUCUGCUCUUGACAUAAAGGAACAUUGCAUGAGGGUUGCCCUUGUGGCCUUUAGCAACGAGACAAAGGUGAUAAAUUCACUCAGCAGGGGCAUAAAUAAGUCAGAGGUUCUCCAGUAUAUACAGAACCUGUCUCCCCAGGCUGGGAAGGCCUACACCGGAGCUGCCAUCAGAAAGAUCAGGAAGGAAGUCUUCAGUGCCAAGAAUGGCAGUCGGAAGAAUCAGGGGGUGCCCCAGAUUGCUGUGCUGGUGACCCACAGACCAUCGGAAGACAAUGUGACCAAGGCAGCUGUUACCCUCCGGCGCCAGGGCGUGACCAUCUUCACCUUGGGCAUAGAGGGGUCCAGCGACACCCAACUGGAAAAGAUCGCGUCUCACCCCGCCGAGCAGUACGUCUCCAAACUGAAAACCUUCUCUGACCUGGCCGCUCACAACCAGACGUUUCUGAAGAAGCUGCGGAACCAAAUAACGCACAAAGUCUCUGUCUUUUCAGAACGGACCGAAACUCUCAAAUCCGGUUGUGUGGACACUGAAGAAGCAGACAUCUAUCUGCUCAUUGAUGGCUCCGGGAGCACCCAGGCCACAGACUUCCACGAAAUGAAGACCUUCCUGUCGGAGGUUGUAGGGAUGUUCAACAUCGCUCCCCAGAAGGUGCGGGUUGGGGCCGUUCAGUACGCUGACAGCUGGGACUUGGAAUUUGAGAUCAAUAAAUACUCUAAUAAGCAUGAUUUGGGAAAGGCCAUUGAGAACAUCAGGCAGAUGGGUGGGAAUACAAACACUGGCGCAGCCUUGAACUUCACGCUGGGGCUGUUGCAAAAGGCAAAGAAGCAGCGAGGAAACAAAGUGCCGUGUCAUCUUGUUGUCCUGACGAAUGGUGUGUCCAAGGAUAGCAUCUUGGAGCCUGCGAACAGACUGAGAGAAGAACUCAUCCACGUUUAUGCCAUUGGGGUCAAGGAGGCCAACCAGACACAACUGCGAGAAAUUGCAGGCGAGGAAAAGAGGGUAUACUACGUACAUGACUUUGACGCUUUGAAAGACAUAAGAAACCAGGUUGUUCAAGAAAUCUGUGCUGAAGAAGCCUGCAAAGAGAUGAAGGCUGACAUCAUGUUUCUGGUGGACAGUUCUGGCAGUAUAGGACCUGAAAACUUCAGCAAAAUGAAAACAUUUAUGAAAAACCUCGUGAGCAAAUCUCAGAUUGGGGCAGAUCGAGUGCAAAUUGGCGUAGUCCAGUUCAGCGACGUCAACAAGGAAGAGUUUCCACUUAACCGAUACGUGUCCGAAAGUGAAAUUUCAAGUGCAAUAGACCGAAUGGCUCACAUUGGAGAAACCACCUUGACCGGUGGUGCCCUGACCUUUGUGUCUCAGUACUUCAGCGCUGCCAAGGGGGCCCGGCCCAACGUCAGGAAGUUUCUCAUCCUCAUCACGGAUGGUGAAGCUCAGGACAUAGUCAAGGACCCAGCCAUAGCACUUCGGCAAGAAGGCAUAAUUAUCUACUCUGUGGGAGUGUUUGGCUCCAAUGUCACCCAGCUUGAGGAGAUCAGCGGGAGGCCAGAGAUGGUUUUUUAUGUUGAGAAUUUUGACAUUCUACAGCAUAUUGAAGAUGAUCUUGUUUUUGGAAUAUGCAGCCCCCGUGAAGAAUGCAAGCGGAUUGAAGUUUUAGAUGUUGUGUUUGUAAUUGACAGCUCUGGCAGCAUUGACUAUGAUGAAUAUAAUAUCAUGAAGGACUUUAUGACUGACUUGGUGAAAAAAGCCAAUGUUGGCCAGAAUCAGGUCCGGUUUGGGGCUCUGAAGUAUGCUGACGACCCAGAGGUGCUGUUCUAUCUGGAUAACCUUGGCACAAAAUGGGAGGUGAUUUCCAUGCUCCAGAAUGACCAGCCCAUGGGGGGCAACACUUAUACCGCUGAGGCACUAGCCUUCUCAGACCACAUGUUCACCGAAGCCCGGGGCAGCCGCCUGCACAAAGGGGUCCCCCAAGUCCUCAUUGUGAUCACCGACGGGGAAUCCCAUGAUGCAGAUAAGCUCAAUGCCACAGCCAAGGCCUUGCAGGACAAAGGCAUUCUUGUCCUGGCUGUGGGAAUUGCUGGUGCCAACCCCGUGGAGCUGCUAGCCAUGGCAGGAUCGAGUGACAAGUACUUCUUCGUGGAGACUUUUGGAGGCCUAAAGGGGAUAUUUUCAGACGUGUCAGCUAGUGUGUGUAACUCUUCAAAAGUAGAUUGUGAAAUUGGACAAAUAGAUCUGGUUUUCCUCAUGGAUGGUUCCAAUAGCAUUGGUCCAGAAGACUUCAAGAAGAUGAAGGAAUUCUUGGCAUCCGUUGUUCAAGACUUUGAUGUCAGUGUUAACAGAGUGCGUAUAGGAGCGGCCCAGUUUAGCCAUAGCUAUCAACCAGAGUUUCCACUGGGAACUUUCAUAGGCAAAAGGGAGAUAUCACUUCAGAUUGAAAAGAUCCAGCAGAUCUUCGGAUACACACACAUUGGUGCUGCCCUCCGGCAGGUGGGGCAUUACUUCCAGCCAGACAUGGGCAGCCGGAUAAAUGCAGGUACCCCACAGGUGUUACUGGUUCUCACAGAUGGCCAGUCCCAAGAUGAGGUGGCUGAGGCCGCUGAGGACCUGAGACGCAAAGGUAUCAACAUUUACUCUGUGGGCAUCGGGGAUGUGGAUGACCAGCAGCUCAUUCAGAUCACUGGGACCGCAGAUAAAAAACUGACAGUUCAUAACUUCGAUGAACUGAGAAAGGUCAAGAAAAGGAUAGUUCGCAACAUCUGUACCUCAGGAGGAGAGAGCAAUUGUUUUGUGGACGUUGUAGUGGGAUUUGACAUCUCAACUCAGAAGAAUGGGCAGACUUUGCUUGAAGGUCAGUCUUGGAUGGAAACCUACCUUCAACACAUCUUACGUGCCAUCAGCUCCCUCAAUGGGGUAAGCUGUGAGGUGGGCACCGAGACUCAGGUUAGUGUGGCUUUUCAAGUGACCAAUGCCAUGGAAAAAUAUUCCCCCAAGUUUGAGAUCUACAGUGAAAACAUACUGAACAGCUUGAAGGAUGUAACAGUUAAAGGACCAUCUCUUCUCAAUGCCAACCUCUUGAGUUCUCUAUGGGAUGCGUUUCAGAAUAAAUCGGCUACGCGAGGAAAGGUGGUUCUCUUGUUUUCAGAUGGUUUGGAUGAUGAUGUUGAAAAACUUGAACAAAAAUCUGAUGUACUUAGAAAAGAAGGCCUGAAUGCCCUCAUAACUGUUGCUCUGGAUGGAGCCACCAACUCAGGUGACCUGGCUGAUCUUCUCUACAUUGAAUUUGGGAAAGGAUUUGAGUACAGUACCCAGCUCACUAUUGGAAUGAGGGAUCUUGGGAGCCAACUGUCAAAGCAUCUGGUCAAUGUUGCUGAAAGGACAUGCUGCUGUUUAUUCUGCAAGUGCAUUGGAGGAGAUGGCGAAAUGGGAGAUCCUGGGCCACCGGGGAAAAAGGGAUCUCCAGGUUUUAAAGGAAGUGAAGGCUACCUGGGAGAGGAAGGCACUGCUGGAGAAAGAGGAGCCCCUGGGCCGGUGGGAGAACAGGGUACUAAGGGAUGUUAUGGUGCCAAAGGUCCUAAGGGAAACAGGGGACUAAAUGGACAGGAGGGAGACAUUGGGGAAAGUGGAAUUGAUGGAUUAAAUGGAGAAAAGGGUGACAAUGGUCUUCCUGGAGGAAAAGGAGAAAAAGGUGAUGAAGGAUCUCAGGGAAGCCCGGGACACAGAGGGAUUUCUGGUGACCGUGGAGCAAAGGGCCUGCGAGGAGACCCUGGAUUUCCUGGAUUUGACAAUAGCAUGGAAGGACCCAAGGGCUUAAAAGGAGAACGUGGAAGACAAGGUAGAAGAGGCUGGCCAGGCCCCCCUGGGACACCAGGCUCCAGAAGAAAGACAGCAGCUCAUGGCCGAAGGGGACUUACGGGCCCCCAGGGGACAACAGGCAUCCCGGGCCCAGAUGGGCUUGAAGGCUCCCUGGGACUUAAGGGCCCUCAGGGCCCAAGAGGAGAGGCUGGUGUGAAAGGAGAUCAAGGAGAUCUGGGAAGUAAAGGUCCCCAGGGGCCUCCGGGACCAGGAGGAGAGGCAGGGAGUCAAGGCCAUUUGGGAAGCCAAGGAAAUAAAGGAGAACCUGGAGAUCUGGGAGAAAAAGGAGCUAUUGGCCUUCCCGGUCCUCGAGGCUUGCAGGGGGAUGAUGGCACCCCAGGCUACGGUAGCAUUGGAAUUAAAGGAGCAAAGGGGCACGAAGGAUUCCCUGGAGAAAGUGGACCUAAGGGUGAGAUUGGGGACCCUGGUGGUCCAGGAGGAACUGGACCCAAGGGAUUUAGAGGCAAGACGAUAUCCACUGGGCUUCCAGGACAACCAGGAUCCCCUGGGGAGCUGGGACAUCCCGGACGCAAGGGUGUGAAAGGGGCCAAAGGAUUGGCUUCGUUUUCCACAUGUGACCUCAUUCAGUAUGUGCGGGACCACAGUCCUGGCGGACGUGGAAAACCAGAAUGCCCGGUGCAUCCAACGGAGAUGGUGUUUGCAUUAGACCAGUCCCGGGACGUGACCGAGCAGGAAUUUGAGCAGAUGAAGGAGAUGGUAUCUGCCUUCGUGAGAGGCGUCCGAGUGCGGGAGAACAGCUGCCCGGUGGGAGCGCGCGUUGCCAUCCUCUCCUAUAACUCCCACGCCAGGCACCUCAUCCGCUUCUCAGACGCCUACAAGAAGAGCCAACUUCUCAGGGAAAUUGAAGCCAUUCCUUACGAGAGAUCCUCAGCCGGCAGGGAUAUCGGCAAAACAAUGAGGUUUAUUUCCAGGAAUGUCUUCAAGCGAACACUUCCAGGGGCUCACACAAGAAGAAUCGCCACAUUUUUCAGCGGCGGUCAAUCUGCCGAUGCCCAGUCCAUCACCACGGCCACCAUUGAGUUCACUGCCCUUGACAUCAUUCCGGUCGUGAUCGCUUUCAGCAACGUGCCCUCCAUCAAGCGUUCAUUUACGAUCGAUGACACUGGCACAUUCCAAGUAGUAAUGGUUCAAUCCGGGGCCGACUCCACGCCAGCCUUAGAGAGACUCCAGCGGUGCACUUUCUGCUAUGAUGUAUGCAAGCCCGAUGCUUCUUGUGAUCAAGCCAGACCACCCCCUGUGCAGUCUUACAUGGAUGCUGCUUUCCUUCUGGAUGGCUCCCGGCAUGUGGGAAGUGCAGAAUUUGAAGACGUAAGAGGCUUCCUGGGAGCACUGUUAGAUCACUUUGAAAUCACGCCAGAGCCCGAGACCUCUGUCACUGGAGACAGAGUGGCCCUAUUAAGCCAUGCUCCCCCCAACUUCCUGCCCAACACUCAGAAGAGUCCUGUUAGAACUGAGUUCAACCUUACCACCUACAACAGUAAGCGCCUCAUGAAGAGGCACGUGGAAGAAUCAGUUCAACAAUUAAAUGGAGACAGUUUUAUCGGUCACGCCUUACAAUGGGCUCUGGACAAUAUCUUUUUAAAUACACCCAAUCUGAGAAGAAACAAAGUCAUAUUUGUGAUAUCUACUGGGGAAAGCAGUCACUUGGACAAGGAAACCUUAAAGAAAGAAUCCUUGAGAGCCAAAUGUCAAGGUUAUGCCCUAUUUGUGUUUUCCCUUGGCCCUGCUUGGAAUGACAAGGAACUGGAAGAUCUAGCCAGCUACCCUUUGGAUCACCACUUGGUCCAGCUUGGCCGAAUUCAUAAACCUGACCACAGAUACGGUGUGAAGUUUGGGAAGUCCUUUAUAAACUCAAUCAGACGUGCAAUCAACAAAUAUCCACCAAUACACUUCAAAACAAAGUGCAAUAGACUCGGCUCUACAGAUCUGACGCAGCCUCUACGGCAGUUGCGGAGCUUUGUUCCUGGACCACACAGAGCUGCCCUCAAAGAAGAUGCAUUACAGAAGGCAAAAUUCUUUCAAGAUAAAAAAUAUCUUUCAAUAGUAGCAAGAGACAGCAGAGGUGAUACUGUUCAAAAUUUUACCAGAAACACAUUCUAUACCUUUAAAAAUGGAAAAAAGGUGAUAAAAGCUGCUCCCCAUCAACGUGAUAAAGGAAGUCCUCGAAGAAUUUAGCCUUAGGAAGCAUGGAGGACUAGCCCUGAGCUAACAUCUG